CACCAGUAUCCCGCAGUAACCGCCCUGCCCCUAAGUUACCGACUUCUGCUGGCUAUACAUCCGGGUCUACUCAGGCUGUGUGUCAGAGUGAUACGCUAGCAAAGAUGGCAGCCGUGGACAAAACCGGCUCCUCGUCUUCUAUCUCUAACAUAAAUAAUAACACCCAGGAAAUCCGAAACGGGGAAGAUGAUGACCUGUGGUCGUCUAUUUUGAGUGAAGUUACCACGCACUCCCGCUCGAAAUUGCCGUCAGGGAAAAAUGUUUUUGUCAUGGGAGAAGAUGGGGCCGGUAAAACCACCUUGCUAGCAAGGCUCCAGGGUAUAGAAGAAUAUAUGAAAGGAAGAGGAUUAGAAUACCUGUACUUUAAUGUACAUGAUGAAGACAUUGAUGAUCAUGCACGCUGUAAUGCUUGGAUUUUGGACGGUGACCUGUACCACAAGGGCCUCCAGAAAUUUGCCUUAUCAGCUAGCAACAUACGGGACACUUUAGCAGUACUGGUUGUAGACAUGGCAAGACCCUGGACUGUGUUGGAUUCUUUGCAGAAAUGGUCAAGUGUGUUCAGAGAGUAUAUUGAUAAGCUGAAAAUCCCCCCAGAGGAGAUAAAGGAAAUGGAGCACAGGUUGCUGAGACAGUUCCAGGAGUAUACAGACCCUGGUGAGGACCUCGGUACUCCUCAGAGAAGAAACACAUCCCUCCAAGAAGAGGAAGAUGAGACGGUUGUAUUGCCUCUGGGUGAAAAUACGCUUACACAUAAUCUAGGCGUUCCACUUUUGGUAAUUUGCACAAAGUGUGAUGCUAUUAGUGCCCUGGAAAAAGAACACGAUUAUAGAGAUGAGCACUUUGACUUUAUUCAGUCACAUAUCAGACGCUUUUGUCUACAAUAUGGUGCAGCACUUGUAUACACUUCAAUAAAGGAAAAUAAAAACAUAGAUUUGUUAUACAAAUACAUUGUCUAUAGAUUAUAUGGAUUUUCUUUUAAUUUUCCUGCUCAAGUUGUGGAAAAAGAUGCAGUAUUUAUUCCCUCAGGAUGGGACAAUGAAAAGAAGAUUGGAAUCUUGCAUGAGAAUUUUCAGACACUAAAAGCAGAGGACAGCUUUGAAGAUGUGAUAAUUAAGCCACCUGUUAGAAAGUUUGUUCAUGAAAAAGAAAUUGUAGCAGAAGAUGAUCAAGUGUUCCUUAUAAAGCUACAGUCGCUACUAGCAAAACAGCCACCUGUUGCUGCUGGAAGACCAGUGGAUGCUUCAAACAGAGUUCCUGGCUCUCCAAGAACACCAAACCGAUCUGGUACCACAAAUGUUGCCAGUGUGACACCUAUUCCAUCAGGAACUAAGAAAAUUGACCCCAAUAUGAAAGCUGGAACUACAAGUGAAGGUGUCCUAGCAAACUUCUUCAACAGCUUGCUGAGUAAAAAGACAGGUUCUCCUGGGAGUGGAGGCAGUACUCCUGGUGGAGGUGGAGGCAAUCUGUCAGGCUCUGCAAAGAAAUCAGGGCAAAGGCUUGGCUUAACAGAUGUACAAGCAGAACUUGAUCGAAUUUCAAGUAAACCAGAAAUUGAAGCGUCAUCCCCAACUAGCCCUACAUCUCCAACUCCAGCAGAAGGGGAUGCAUCUUGAAGACUGCAUUAAAUACUUGAGUCUGCCUCAUCCUUUUCCUUCAUGUGUUACUGUGGAUCACAGAGCUAAACAAUAAAUCCAAACUUUGUUUAAAGGGAGAAAUAACCUUUUAAAUGCUUAUAUCUUUAAUGUGUUGUCCAGAAGAUAACUGAUAAAGUGACUGAAAGCAAAACUACAGAAAAUAUCUGAUUAAACUUGGGCCUGCUGCCUGGCUUACUGUUUUACAGUGAUUCUCCAUAUGAAAUUGAUGCUUAGUUUUUUUUGUUUGUUUGUUUGUUUUUUAAAGUACACUCUCCAAAAGGAGACUGUUUACCAUGUUCAAGCAGAACAGCAGUACAUGUUACAUACACAGUAUUUUGCAAGUUUAAGUGCAAAUGUCUUUUUUCAUCAUUGUGCACUUACCUGGUUCUUUGUUAAAUUACUUGGAAAAAGACACUACAUAGGAACAAAAACCAGUGUUAUUAUUGGCCAUUUUGGCAUUUGGGAAAACUCAAGAUUACAUGUUUUGUUUGCAGGCACUAAAUAAAACAAAUACAUUGCGUAAUAUGUACAGUAUUACAGUGGUUUAUCAGCUACUCUGUAACAGGAGAAAAAGGCCAGAGGUUAGCCUCAUUUAACAAAUGUACAGUUGUCAAGCUUAAAAUGGUUGGUCCCAUUAGUUCAAAUAUUGUAGUGAUGUUUCUAUUGGUCAAGUCUAAUAACUCUUUAAUAAAAUUGUAUUUAUUCUCAGCA